AUGCCGGAUACCCCCGCUUCGUACAAAGAGAUAUUAUUAAGUGAUACACAAGUGUACAAAGGAUUAUCUUUUGAAUCUGUGAUAACAAAUGAAGUGUCGCGUUUACCUUUCGAAACGCUAGUGGCAACUAAAGUCGGUAAUGAUGACUGCAAGAUACUAAUGAAUAAUCAUCAAGUGCUUCAUAUGUUAAGAACACGACCUCAAUACGACGUAAUAUUAGUGGAGUCAUAUAACAGUGACUGCGGCCUAGCCCUGGCCGCUAAUUUGAGUGCACCUUACAUUACUCUCAAUCCGCAGCCUUUACAACCCUGGCAAUAUAACAGACUCGGUAUUAAUUUCAACUCAGCCUAUGUAAGUCAAUCUGGCUUAUCGUACGGCAAGGAGCCUUGGUAUUUCGAAAGGUUAAAGAGUUAUUUAUUAUAUCAUAUUACCAACUGGGUUUACUAUGUUGGUUCUCAAGUAACGGACCACGUGUAUCUAUACAAUUACCUGGGCGAUGACCUGCCGACAUUAGAAAGUAUUGCGUCGAACGCUAGUCUUGCGUUUGUAAACACUCAUCAGUCGUUGCACGGCGGUGUUGCCAAACCUGACAACGUUAUUAACAUCGGUGGGAUACACGUACGGCCCGCAAAAAAUUUACCAACUGAAAUAGAAAGAUUUAUAAACGAGGCGGAACAUGGUGUAAUAUACGUGAACCUGGGCUCCACUGUAAAGGACUCCACACUCCCAAGUGAUAAAUUAAAGGAACUGUUAUCAGCCUUCGCUAAAUUGCCUUUAAGGGUUCUUUGGAAAUGGGAUGGCGCCAAUCUGCAGCUGCCGAGAAACGUUAUGACUAUGAAAUGGCUCCCACAAUACGAUAUUUUAAAACAUGAAAACGUAAAAGCCUUUAUAUCUCACGCUGGUAUCCUGAGUGCAAUAGAAGCCGUUGAUACCGCAGUACCAGUGGUCGCUAUUCCAUUGUUUGGCAAUCAAUAUGGUAAUGCAGCAGCUCUACAAGACGUUGGCAUUGCAGCUAUCGUUUUUUAUCAAGAUCUGAAGAAAAAGUACCUUCUUGAUGCAAUCAAUGAAGUUUUGGACCCUGAGAGUCAACAUCGCGCUAAGUUAGCAUCAAGACUGUGGCACGAUCGUAUGAUGUCACCAUUAGAAACUGCUGUAUAUUGGACAGAGUACGUCGCUCGGUACCAAGGAGCGCCAAACCUUCAACCAUUAGCUCCAAAGAUACCCUUGUACCAACAGCUUCAGCUAGAUGUUUUAGCAUUUGUUGGCUUAGUGUUGUACAUUAUGACAUAUGUAGUUUACAAGAUUCUAUCUGUUCUUUGCUGUUGUUGUUGUCGAAGGGAUGAACAAUCUGAGUAUACUGAACAAAGGAGAACAAAAAGAGUAAAAUUUGAAUAG